AUGUUGAUGAUUGGACAUCAAAAGGUGGUUCAGAACUUGGAACUACCAAGACUGAAGUAUAUAAUUUAGAUUUAGUCGCACAUCAUUUACAAAAGCAAGGAAUAAAUGCUUUACUUCUUAUUGGAGGUUUCGAAGCAUAUUCUUCCUUAAUAAAAUUAAAUGAUGCUAGGGAUAAAUAUCCUGCUUUUUGUAUUCCUAUGGUGUGUAUUCCUGCCACUAUUUCGAACAAUGUUCCAGGCACUGAAUUUUCAUUAGGCUGCGACACAAGCUUGAACGCUAUAGUCGACAAUUGUGACGUCCUCAAGCAAUCUGCUUCCGCUUCUAGAAGACGUGUGUUCGUUGUAGAAGUACAGGGUGGUAAUUGUGGUUAUUUGGCUGUGAUGGCUGGUCUUGCGGUUGGUGCUACGAAUGUAUACUCCCCAGAAUAUGGUUUGUCCCUUCAAACUCUUCAGGAAGAUUUGAAUCAUCUGGUUCGCAGAUUCGGGGCAGAUAAAAACCGUACUAGUUCUGGACGUUUAAUCCUUAGAAAUGAAUCGGUAUCGACUACGUAUACAACAGAUGUUAUUGCAAAUAUCAUAAAGGCUGAAGGUAAAGGACUUUUCGAUUCACGAACUUCUAUUCUGGGACACAUUCAGCAAGGUGGUGCACCUUCGCCAAUGGAUCGAAUUCGCGCCACAAAAUUUGCUGUGGAAUGCGUAUCAUUCUUAGAAAAACAUGCCAAAUCUUCUGAAUCUUCUGAUAACCCAAGGGUUUAUACAAAGGACAAACAAUCUGCUGCUGUUAUUGGAAUUAAUGGUGCACAAGUCGUUUGUACGCCUGUAACUGAUUUGCUAUCAGAUACCGAGUUUGAGUUUCGUAAAGGUAAGAAGUCGUGGUGGAUCAAUGUGAAACCUUUGGUGGAGUUAUUAUCAAAAUGGGGAUACGCGGACAAUGAACCAAUAGAGGAAGAGAUGAAUAUUCGUAAUGAUUUUAUUAGUUUGGAUUAG